AUGGCCGACUUCGACAAGGGCUUCGAGGAUGAGAGCCAGGCUCCGAAAAUCCGCGGUGUGAUGUGGACAAUGACCAUCGUCCCUUUCAUUUCGGUGUGUCUUCGCACCUACGUCCGACUAUUCAUGAAGCGGGCGUUUGGAUGGGACGACGCCUGUGCCAUCGUUGCCGUGGGCUGUUUGAUCGGCUACACGGCCGUCUGCCAUGCUGCUACAGACGUCGGACUCGGCCAGCACCUCGAGGUCGUCCUCCAGCACCCGACGAAGCUCGUCUUGGUAACGCUGCUGUGUAAUAUUGCACAAACAUUGGGGAUCAUGGCGUGCACGCUGGGCAAGUCAGCUUUUGCCCUGACACUCCUGCGCAUCGUGGUGCAGCGGUGGCUGAUUGCGGUGUUGUGGUUCAUUAUUGUCACGAUGAAUCUGGCCAAUGUUCUUGCAGCCAUGUUCGUGUUCCUCCAGUGCAAAGACCCGCGAGCGUCGUGGAAUCACGCCAUUCCGUCCGAGUGCUGGCCGACGCAUGUCUUUACAGACUUUUCGUUGUUUGUAGGAUCGUACGCUGCAACCCAGGAUUUCGUCCUCGUGCUCCUUCCCUGGAUCAUUGUGUGGAAGCUGCAAAUGAAGAAGAAGGAAAAGAUUGCUGUGGCUCUGGCUAUGAGCAUGGGUAUCUUUGCCGGCACAGCAGCAAUCAUCAAAUCACGCUACCUAGUCACUUUGUCCGCCAAAGCCGACCUUACCUGGGAACUCACGCCGCUCUUGAUCUGGGCUGGCGUCGAAGAUGGUCUCGCCAUCACCGCUGCAUCCAUUUCGACUCUCAAACCGCUGCUCAGCCGCUUCUUCCCUCCGGCGCCAGAGAAGGAAAGCUAUGAGGUGCUCCCAUACCCGGCAAAGCCCGUCAAGGUCAAGAAACAUAGUCUGUGGAGCACCACGUUGGCGGAGACCCAAACGGAUGUUGCGGCCGAGGCGGAGCGUAGUAGCCAGGAACAGAUUCUGGAACAGGGGGACAAGGAGGCUAUCAACAUGACGACCGAGGUGUCGGUGAUUAGGGGACAGGAUCAGGCUUGA